UGGAAUUCAUCAACCAGUCAGCAGAAUCCCUUUCCCGUAUUUCCUGCCUUUCCUGCCUUUUCUGCUAUUCCACAUUCUCCAAUAUUAAAAAGAGGGGGGGCACGGCACACAAAAACAGCAGCAGCUAUCUUUUUUCUUUUUUCACGCACUCUCUCUGUUUUAUUGGCACUUGUAUUUAUUUUUUACACAUACACACACGUGUACGCAUACGUGCUUGUCUUGCGCACAAUAAAAGCAACAAUAUUGGCACACUUUGAAUUCCACGCAUUUCUCUAUUUUAUUUGGCAAAUUUCGCUUUAAAUACUCGCGUUUGCCGGCGCACACACAAACACACACAGAUACACAGACACGCACUCAUACAACUCCACAAAUGAAGAGUAUGUGCUAUUCGUGGAUGGUAUGUCUGGCCUUUGUCACGAUGCUGGGCCUACUGGCACCGGGCGCUCGCCAGACAGGACUUGCCAUGGGCUCGGUUAUAGUCGAGUCGACAAAUGUCACAUUUGAUGAUCGGGCGGCGAUGUUUGGAUCACAGCUCGGAGACGACGGCCUUGUGGGCAAGCUGAUGGUGAUUGGCGAUAUCGAGGCCGACAAUAUCGACGGGUGCCGUCGGUUGGCCACACGCAUGGACUCGUCAGAGAGCUGGAUCAUGCUUGUCGAGCGCGGUGGCUGCGGAUUUGUCGAAAAGGUGCGCAACAUGCAGGCGUCCGGCGCAGCGGCAGUGCUUGUUGGCGACCCGUGGUACGACAUGCCCAUCACCAUGUACGCCUCGGGCGACACGUCCGACGUGCACAUCCCAUCGUCGUUCGUCGCGCGCAGCUCAUACACCGGCCUUCGUAGUGCCGCGCGCAACGCGCACUCCCCCAUUGAGAUCAAGCUCGUACGCAACGAGUACUACGAGCUGCCGUUCCUCGAUGUCCUGUUCAUCACGAUCUUGUCACCGCUGCUGAUGAUGGGCUUUAUUUACGUUCUUUACAGGCUGCGCCUGCGCCAGAACCGGCUCCGCGACUUGGCACCGCAGGAUCUCGUCAAGAGCCUGCCGAUAAAUACGUUUAAUCACGCAAAGUACCGCGAGGGCGAGCCAGCAGAGUGCGCCAUUUGCUUGGAUGACUUUGAAGACGGGGAUGAGCUGCGUGUUCUUCCGUGCAAGCACCAGUACCAUGCGCUGUGUAUUGAUCGCUGGCUGACUACGCGGAAGAAGUUUUGCCCUAUUUGCAAGAAGAGCGUGUGUCCGUCGUCAGAGACUACGCCGCUGCUGCCGGCACGUCUGAGGGCGUUUGUGUAAAAAGAGAAUGGUACCGUUUUUCUUUCUUUUCACAAUAACCAAAGUGGACGCAAAAAGAGGGCGCAUUUUUUUCUUCCAAACAUUUUUUUCUUCUCAUACCAUG